GCAUGUGCCCCUGGGUGUACGCGGCCUUGACGCUGGCCGUGCCCGUGUCGCUGUUGGUGCUGCAUCGCCUGUGGAGUCUGUACCGGGUGCGGCGCCUGAGCCUCCGCCACAAGCACUUCUUCGUCACGGGCGGCUCGAGCGGCAUCGGCCGCGCCCUGGCCUCCCAGGUAGUGCGCCGCGGCGCCAACGUGACGCUGCUCGCCCGCGACCGGACCCGCCUGGAGGAAGCGAGGCUCGAGCUCCAGGACCAGACGGCCUUUCCCGACCAGGUGGUGCACACGGUGUCGGCGGACCUCUGCCAGGACUCGAGCGCGCUGGCGGGCCAGCUGCAAGAGGCCGAGGAAGCCUGCGGCCCCGUCGACUUCCUGGUGAACUGCGCCGGCAGCGCCACCAGCUUGCGCUUCGAGGAGACGCCCGCGGCCGAGUUCCGGCGCAUGAUGGAGCUGAACUACCUGAGCGCCGUGCACGCCACCAAGGCCGUGCUGCCGGGCAUGCGGCAGCGAGGCCACGGGGCCAUCGUGCUUGUGUCGUCCAUUGCCGGCGUGUUCGGAGUGUACGGCUUCUCGGCCUACGCCGCGUCCAAAUUUGCGCUGGUCGGGCUGGCCCAGUCGCUCUGCAUGGAGGUGCGCCACAGGGGCGUCAGCGUCACGGUGGCCUUCCCUCCGGACACGGACACUCCGGGCUUCGCGGAGGAGCAGCGCACCAAGCCCAUCGAGACGAAGCUCAUCUGCGCCAGCGGGGGCCUGCACUCGCCGGAAACCGUGGCCAGGUCCAUCCUGGACGACGCGUUGAGGGGGCACUUCGUGUCCGUGCUGGGCCUCGACGGCAUGGUGAUGCUGAACAUGUGCGCCGGUAUGAUGCCGCCCAACUCGCUGCUGGACCUGGUCGUCCAGGUGGUCUGCAUGGGCGCGCUGCGUCUGGUGGGCGCCUGCUACUUGCUGCACUUCUACCGGCUGGUGGCGCGGCAGGCCAGCCUGCGCCAACAGGCCAAGAAGCCGCUCUGAGGCACGCCGAGGAAACAAUCGGCCGUGCGGUCUGCUGGCGGCGGACUGAUUCACGCACAAAGGAGCCUUCGAGUUAGUUGGCGGUUCGCGCAUUCAUUCCAGUUAAGGAAUCACUGUACAGUCGCGUCUCAUUAGUAUGGUGACCACAGUUCCUCCAAAAUAUUGUCUAAUGUCCAUAAUAACGGGAUAAAAAUGCACGUUUAAUUCGUCCCCUAACGUCUUUUCUAUGUAGCGGGGUACAUCGAGGUAUUAACGAGACAUCCCUCACAAAAAUGUUAAACAAGUUUCACUUGUGUUUCUAAUGUAUUUCUAUAGAGUCGGUUGAAAUUAAAUAUAAAGUCCACGUGUAAUGUGUUUGAUCAUAAAAAUCUCAAUAUCGAUUGUAUUGAAGAGUACUCGUUAGGGAUGCAAUUGAGUUUGGUCACAAAAAAACUCAAUAUCGAUUCUAUUGAAUUGACUCAUUAGAAAUGCAAUUUAGUUUGGUCACAAGAAAGUCAAUAUCGUUUCUGUUGAAUUGACUCAUUAGGAAUGCAAUUGAGUUCGGUAAUUAAGAACUCGGUAUUAUAUUUACUAUCAUCGCACAUCUAGUGUAUCUACAAUGAAAACUACUGGGUGAUAUGAAGGAGCGGCCAGGCUCUUUAAAUCGACCGCAAAAUUCGGUUUCUUAACCUAUCGCGUUCCGAUUUUGUAGAGCGUUGGCAACAGGUGGUGCAUUUUUUCUAUACAAUUCCCGAAGACCGAGCUUACCCGAGGAAAAAGUAAAAAAAGAGAAAGGCUUAACUCCUAUGGAAAACGCAGCGAAGCCACCGGUCUUCAAACCAUAGGGCGCCCUAUGGUUUGAAGACCGGUGGCUUCGCUGCGUUUUCCAUAGGAGUUAAGCCUUUCUCUUUUUUUACUUUUUCCUCGGGUAAGCUCGGUCUUCGGGAAUUGUAUAGAAAAAAUGCACCACCUGUGGCCAACGCUCUACAAAAUCGGAACGCGAUAGGUUAAGAAACCGAAUUUUGCGGUCGAUUUAAAGAGCCUGGCUUUUCCUUGAAUCGCCAGAUAGUUUAUCACUUCUUGUUCUUUCAUUACGCCGAAAAAUAGCUUGUUUGUAUCUCUUUUAAAAUUUACCAUUCCAAUACUUUACUAAAUAACAAUCUAAUAUUAAUGCCCGUUUUCAUCGUACCGCGCGUAGAUAAUCAAUUUAAAGUCGGAAUUCUUCAUUGCAUUACCUCAGCCUAUAGUAACUCUUUCAUUCCCGGAACAUCUUCAGAGUGAACCACCUUCCCGCGCAAAUGGUAAACAUGCCGUCUUUUGACUUAUUUGAAAGUGCGGCGACUGCUUACCUAGGUUAAUAUUUUUCUGUUUGCUUUUUUUGUUCUAUAACUUCUAAAGUUGAUGCACUUUUUUUUACGUUUCUAGUGCUUGGCUUUGUAUGUGUUUGUAUAUUGUUUGUAUUCCACAUUUGUCGUGUCCCACUCCCCUCUGGAAUGCACCAGGACCUUGAGGGUACGAAAAUAAAUUAAUAAAUAAACUCAAUAUAUAUUCUUUGGAACUUACUCGUUAAGAAUGAAAUUGAGUUUGUUCAUUACGAAUGCAAUCUAUAUUCUUUUGAAUUUACUGAUUAACGAUUCGAUUGAGUUUGCUCAUCUAGAACUCAAUAUCCAUUCAUUUUAAUUCACCUACUUAUUAAGAAUGCAAUUGAGUUUGCUCAUUAUGAAGUUAAUAUGGAUUAUAUUGAAUUUACUUACAUUAGCAAAUGAGUUUCAUUAUUAAAAAAGCCCCGUAAAAAAAAAGAAACGUUUUUUAACAGUCUGGUUGGGACACGCGUGUCAAGAAAUAAAUUUUACGCUUAAAGAAAAACAAAUUAGAGCAAUGUUAACGGCAAGAGGUUUAUUUGAAGUUCUGCGCGCGCGAAGUCCAUGACGUCACGGGUCAUUCCGGAAUGACCAUCUCGGUCGUGAAGGCGAAUCCGAUACACCUUUCCUCCACGCGGCCGAAAUGCCUAGAGAGAAAACAUGUGGAAAGGAGGUGACUGCCGACUAAAUCGAGUCUCGCGCCGUCACUAUUGCUAAAAAAUUUUUUCGCGUAGUAUUACCUUUUUAACGCGCGUGUUCCAACCACCCUUAAAACAAACUUCUUUUUUUCUUUUCAGAAGUCCUUUAAGACCUCAAUAUUGUUUAUUUUAGGUUUGCUCAUUAGAUAUAUAAAUGAAUUUUUUCAUUCAUAGUUUUGAGCUUAUAGUCAUUGGACAUGCUCUUGAGUUUUAUUACUUAGACCAGUGGCUCUCAAAUGGGGGUCCGCGAAGGCAUUCUAGGGGUCCGCGAGGUCCUGCCACAUCAGUCAAGCCCGGCAAUAAAAGUUGUCUUUUUGUUUUGCGGUUGAGAUGAAAUGUUUCAGUUUUUGGGCCAGUUUUCUCGUGUGCGUCAAUAAGAGAGGUCUACUUCACACUAGCCCUUAGUCAUAACCAUUUACUAAAUCAAUAUUAUAUUUAUCCUAUACCUUUCCUCUCUUCUCGCCACGAACGGGGCUCUCCAUCAUCCCCGCCUAUCCACAAGGGGUUCGCGAAACAUCGAUGGUUGAGAACCACUGACUUAGACUUUUCUUUGUCUCCCCUUUGGAGAUUCAAACGAGUUUCUGUUCUUGAGUAGUUUACAUAAGCUGGUUUGCGCCCUUUGCUAUAGAGGAGCCCAGCAAGGGCACAGCUGCAAAUAACCAUGAGUGCACGUAUGUCUCUCAGAAUAAACACAUUCGCUCA